CCUCUAGAUUGGAACUAGCUAGCUUGUAUCAACUGUGUGUGUAAUGGUAUCACCAAUUGCCAUGUCGGCCUGUCAGCUUCCCAGAUAACAACCAACAAAACCCCACAAAUAACACGUUCUCUUCUAUCUCUUAAUGAAGCAAACCCAUAAGUAAGGCUCCACAUCCACUACUACCUUUGCCUUACCCACACACCACAGUCUCCCCCUCCACCCCUCUCUUCCCUUCUCUCUCUGUGUAGCUUUCUUUAUCCUUCCCUGUCUUUCUCUAUAAAUUGAGAGGCUUACUUAUACUUAUUUAAGUUCCUACCUAUAUCAACUUCUUGUAAUCAGAUAUGAGUUGCUUACAACAAGAUUGGCCUGAGCCAAUUGUCCGAGUUCAAUCCUUGUCAGAAUCUGGUGAUUCUGUAAUCCCUGACCGGUACAUCAAGCCGCCGUCAGAGAGGCCUUCCACAGCUUUCAAGCCCCAAGAAGUUGAUCAAGUUGAAGUCAAUAUACCUAUAAUUGAUCUCGGAGACUUACUGGUCGGCGACGACAUCGAUCAUAACUCAACCAUCUUGUUGAAUAGGAUUUCUGAUGCUUGCAGAGACUGGGGGUUCUUCCAGGUUGUGAACCAUGGAGUUAGCCUUGAGCUUAUGCGUAGAGCACUACAAGUUUGGCGCCAAUUCUUUCAUCUACCCAUAGAAGAUAAACAAGUUUAUGCUAAUUCACCAAAAACAUAUGAAGGCUAUGGAAGCAGAUUGGGAGUUGAGAAAGGAGCCAUUCUUGACUGGAGCGAUUAUUUCUUCCUUCACUACUUGCCCAUGUCCAUUAAAGACAUUAACAAGUGGCCUCAUCUCCCACAUCCCAUCAGAGAGACAAUUGAAGAAUAUUGUGGGCAAUUGGUGAAGCUAUGUGGUACCUUGAUGAAGGUCUUUUCUAUGAACUUGGGAUUAGGAGAGGAUCAUCUGCAAAAGGCUUUUGGAGGGGAAGAUAUUGGGGCAUGCAUGAGGGUGAAUUUCUAUCCAAAGUGUCCACAACCAGACCUCACACUUGGGUUAUCUCCCCACUCUGAUCCUGGUGGCAUGACCAUUCUUCUUCCCGACGAUCACGUCGCCGGACUUCAAGUCCGCCGUGGAGAUUCCUGGGUCACUGUGAAAUUGGCUCCCGGCGCUUUCAUCGUCAACAUAGGGGAUCAGAUUCAGGUGCUGAGCAAUGCCAAUUACAAGAGUGUCGAGCACCGGGUGGUCGUAAAUUCGGCGAAAGAGCGUGUUUCGCUAGCCUUCUUCUACAAUCCGAAGAGUGAUUUACCUUUAGGACCAUUGAAGGAGCUUGUUACACCAGAUUGCCCGGCUCUAUAUACUCCAAUGACUUUCAACGAAUACAGAUUAUACAUCAGGAUGAAGGGUCCAAAAGGAAAAUCACAAGUAGAAUCCCUAAAAUCCCCACGUUGUUGUCAUGAUUGAUUCAAUAUACACAACUUGAUUAGUGUAGUUCACAUUUGAACAAUCCCUUCAUCAGUCAAUUAAUUGUAAAUCUUCCAUUCUAUCAUUGAGGGAUUUACAUAUCAAGAAAAUUUGGUGAAUCAAUUAUGUAAUUCAGGUAAUUUGCAACCAAUGAAGACAUGUGGGACAUAAGGAUAA